ACCAUGGCAGCAAUGCACCUUCUGGAAGACUGGUGCCGGGGGAUGGAUGUGGACAUCCACAGAGCCCUGCUAGUCACAGGCAUCCCAGAGGACUGUGGCCAAGCAGAAAUUGAGGAAACCUUGAGUGGGGUCUUCACCCUUCUGGGCCCAUACCAUGUGCUCAACAAGAUGUUUUUCAGGGAGGAGAAUGCUAAAGCCGUCCUGAUUGAGGUGGGCGAGGGCAUGAAUCUGAGCACCAUACCCCGGGAAUUCCCGGGAAGGGGGGGUGUCUGGAGAGUGGUCUGUAGAGACGCCACCCAGGAUGCCGAGUUUUUAAAAAAUCUGCACGAAUUCCUGGAGAGCGAGGGGCGCACCGUGGAAGAUGUGAUCCGCCUGCUUCAGCUCGACCGCCCACCACAGCGCCAGAGCCGGAAUCUGACCCCGCAGAACUGGGCAGAAGCUUUCGGGGUCCUCCUGGCAUCGGUGAUGCAAAUCGUCUUCUACAUGGAUGCAGAGAUGCGCUACCGGGAAGAAGCAAGGGCUCAAGAGUUGGCGGAGGCCAAGAUGAUAGCAGCCUGGUCUUCCGAAGCAGAAGGGAGGGUCAAGAAGGAGCCGGGGCCUGCUAGAGGAGUAGGCCGUGCCUUGAAGAUGGAGAACCCCAACAGCUGGUGUGACAUGGAAGAUGAGGCUCCCAAGCCCUUAUUUCGCAAGGCUAGGGCUAAGAACCCCUCCAGGAGAAAGAAGCAGAACAGAGCCCCGAAGCAGGAACCAAUGUUCCGGAAAAAAACCAGAAGCGAUCUUUCCAACAGCUCGGCCGACUUGGAAGAUUCCCAGGCGGAUGACACCGAAAGGAUGGAGACCUCAGAAUGUGUCUGUAGCAGCAGAAAGCCCCCCGUGAAGCAGGAGGAGUCGUCUCUGAAGAAGCUGGGGGCGAAAUGUGCUCGAAAGGUCCACAGAGACCCACCUCAGGAUGGCCCAUCGGAAGCUGAGAGCCCCGGAGGCGCCUCGGAGUCAGACCAAGAUGGCGGCCAGGAGGUCCCACCAAAGAAGAAGGCCAUGGGCUGGGUUUCAACAAAGAGGCUUGCCCCCAUUAGGAAGAAGAAGAAGGUGAGCUUGGGCCCUGUCUCCUAUGUCCUCGUGGAUUCAGAAGAAGCCAGGAAGAAGUCGGUGAUUCCAAAGAAAGGCCCAGGCUGGAGAAAGGAUGCCUCAGUUCUGAAGGCCCCUCGAGGCCCAAAGUCGGUUGAGACGCCAGCCUCAGCAUCACAGCAUCCGAAGGCCAAGCCAGAAGGCUCCCCUUACACCUCCAAAGGCAAGAGUGACUGCAGGAGUCAUUCAGAGUGUGUCAAAAAGUGGAUGAUGUGGGAGGAGCAGGAGUGGGAAGUGGAGGAAGAGGUGCCCAGUGGGGCAGUGGGUCAACUGGGCAUCGAGGAUGGCCCCAGUGCAUCAGAGGAGGAGGCUGACACAGCAGUCAAGGUUCUAGAAGGUGAGAACUCUGAUUCUGAGUUCCCUAGGAGCCUCUGA